AUGAUAGAGUUUGUGGAUUUGAAAAAUGCUUAUGACUUCUAUAACGAGUUCGGUCGAAUUAAGGGAUUUUCCUUAAGGCGGUCGAAGGUAGGGCGCUGCAAGAAGGCAGGAUCUGAAGGAGACAUUAUAUGGCAAAUUUUUGUGUGCUCACGACAAGGUGAACGAGAUGCAAAGCAUGUUCAUAGAAUUGAUAGGAAGAUGGAUCCUAGACCAGUAACGCGAUGCGGGUGUAAUGCGCGAAUAAAAGUUCAUGUUGACUCAAGGAACGGGCGAUGGUACGUUGAGUUCCUCUCCGAUGAACAUAACCAUGACAUGUUGUAG